ACCAGUCAAUGACCCCCACAUACACACCAGCCCGCCCCUUUGGGUCUUGUGCGUAAUAGGGUUUGGCACAGUGGUGCGCACCGCGUAAACAAAAGCACAUUGUCAGUGUCACUGGCAGCCAGUGUGGAAGUCUAAGAGUGGGAGAAGUGAGCAGUCAUUUCCUUUACUCCUCACACAACGAGUGGACAUUUUUCUGGCUGCAGCUACACCUUUAAAGAUCUGCAAGAAAUGGGAUUACUUUGCACAGUUCUUUUGCACUGGAUGGAGCUCUGAGGAAACGUCUAACGGGCAUAAACAUCCUCUGGAAAAUAAGAAAACUAAAGCCCACAGGGGCCAUGCCGUGCGUCCAGACCCAGUGCGGCUCCUCUCCGCAAGGAGCCAGCCCGGCGUCUCAGAGCGCCGGAGGAGAGCGCAGCUGCGACUUUCUCACUCCGGAGUUUGUCAAGUUCAGCAUGGACCUCACGAACAAUGAAGUUUCUGCUACAACUUCGGGGCCAAGUUUUGGCUCUUUGGGUGACACUUUCAGCUCUGGAUACGACGUGAAGCCUCCGUGUCUCUUCCAGAUGCCAGUGCAAGGGGAGCUUUCGUGCGUAAAGGUGGAGGAUGCGCACGGGUGUCCGCGGUAUCAGCCGAAUCCGCACCAGUCAGACGAAAUACUUUCCUCCCCUGGUUCUGUUUACUACUACCGCUCUCCAUCACCUCACAAUAUCACCUCCAACUUCCAGACUCCAACAGCACACAUAUGGGAGGACUCCGGCUCUCUGUACACUUUUCGACAGGACUAUUUAGCUGCGGCGCACAGGAAAAACGCUCUCUCCAGAUUCUCGCUGUUUUCCCUCAAACACGCACCACACAGCGCACACCACGUCAAAUUUGAUGGAUCCCUCCACGUGUCCAUGAGCUUGGACACAGCCGGGGCGCACCAGCCGCUGGACAGCUCCGGGGUUUUGGGAAAGCAGACGGGAGUUGGGUAUCCUCACCCGUUCCAGCUCGCCCAUGGCCACCACUUUAUGGACUACCACCAGACUUCUUCAGCUCCCGGCCGGGGAGCGCUGAGUACGGAGGGGCUGUGCGCGGUGUGCGGGGAUAACGCAGCGUGCCAGCACUAUGGAGUGCGCACAUGCGAGGGCUGCAAGGGCUUCUUCAAGCGAACCGUACAAAAAAAUGCCAAGUACGUGUGUUUGGCUGCCAAAAGCUGCCCUGUGGACAAACGCAGGAGGAACCGGUGCCAAUACUGUCGAUUCCAGAAGUGCCUUGCAGUGGGAAUGGUCAAAGAAGUUGUAAGGACAGCCGGUCUGAAGGGUCGAAGAGGUCGCCUUCCGUCCAAACCUAAACCUCUUCCUGACUCUUCUGCACCUGUCAGCUCCCUCCUGAGCGACCUCAUCAGAGCACACAUGGAAUCAAACCCUCCUCCAUCUCUUCUUGACUUCUUAAAAUUCAAGGAGAGUCCAGGAAGUCCCCUGGGAGACGAUGCUCAGCACGUGCGGCAGUUUUACGACCUCCUGACCAGGUCGAUGGAGGUGAUUCGAGGUUGGGCGCAGAAGAUCCCAGGCUUCGCGUCUCUUCCAAAACACGACCAAGACCUCCUCUUCUACUCAGCUUUCCUGGAGCUCUUUGUUUUGAGGUUGUCAUACAGAUCGAAGCCAGAGGAAGGGAAGCUGAUCUUCUGCGACGGCUCAGUGUGGCACCGGCCCCAGUGCCUACGAGGCUUUGGGGAGUGGAUAGACAGCAUUGUUGAAUUCUCCGCAAAUCUGCAGAGGAUGAACCUGGAUGUGUCCACCUUCUCCUGCAUGUGCACACUCGCUCUUGUCACGGAGCGGCAUGGACUGAAGGAGCCGACGAAGGUAGAGGAGCUGCAGAACAACAUCGUUAAAUGUUUGAAGGAGAGAGACGGAGGCUCAGACUGUUGGUCCAACUCUUUGUCCAGAAUUUUGGAAAAACUGCGAGAGCUCCGCACUCUGUGCAUCCAGGGCCUGCAGAGGAUUUUCUACCUGAAGCUGGAGGAUCUGGUGCCGCCGCCUGCAAUAAUAGAUAAGUUAUUCCUCGACACGCUGCCAUUUUAGAGACAAGAGAGAAAUCACAAGGGGUCGUUUUUUUUCCAUCAUGUCAUUCUGGACAGUUUGACAUCUGUGCACUGCAUUGAAAACAAAUUCAAGUUUAAAUUUCAGCUGUUGAAUCAUGUUUUCCUCAAAUGUAAAAUAAAAAUAUAUCCCUACUUUAUUUAAUUUUGAUACAUUUGGCAGCUAAAGAGCCUUGUCAACCAAUUUCAAAUCAUUAUUUUGUUCUUCUCAGACCGUGUAGAUAAAGUUUUGAUACCAGUGUGUCCCUUUCAUAAUAAAAAAAAACCUCAUACUAGUCCUAUAGUGAUUAAUAUCAUAGACACAUAUUUGGUAGGAUGUUGUAGAUCAAAGUUAAC